AUGAAGCGGCAUGAAAGUUACACUGUCGCGGUCAUCUGCGCCAUCGGAUUUGAGAUGAGCGCCGUUCGCUACAUGCUAGAUCGCGAGCAUCCACGCCUCCCCCCUAAGCAAGGAGACUCGAACUUGUAUGUCCUCGGGGAGCUUAGCGGCCACAAUGUUGUCCUCGCGUGCCUUCCCGGCAUCCAAGGAAAAGGCGCCGCGGCGACUGUCGCCACGAAUAUAGCUCGCACGUUCCCCUCCAUCGAGUGGCGAUUUCUCGUCGGCAUCGGGGGAGGCGUGCCUAGCGACAAGCACGAUCUCCGCCUAGGCGACGUGGUGGUUAGCAUGCCUGAAGGCCAAUAUGGAGGCGUAAUCCAAUACGACCUCGGGAAGGAUACCGAAGACGACUUCCAGCUGAAAGGAUUUCUCUGGCCACCGCCGGCGAUGUUAAGGAGCGCUGUUGAGAUGAUGCAGUCCGACCAUUUGAUGGCCGAUAAUAAGGUUAAAGAGUUCUUGCUUCAAAUGCUACAAAGGGGACCAAAGCUUUCUAUCUAUCAACGCCCGCCUACUGAACUCGAUAUUCUCUUUCAUGCAGACUACCCGCAUGUUGAGAGUGGCUCCGCUUGUGAGCACUGCGACAAGUCGAAGACCAUCCAUAGGUCGCCCCGACAAUUUUCAGGCCCUGAAGUACACUAUGGGCUGAUUGCGUCCGGAGAUCGAGUCAUGAGGAGCGCGGCAAAGAGAAACGCGAGCACCAGCAACCUCGGUGAUAUACUCUGUUUUGAGAUGGAGGCGGCUGGGAUUGCAACUGAGUUCCCCUGCAUUGUCAUCCGCGGCAUUUCGGACUAUGCAGAUUCUCACAAGAAUGAUAGCUGGCAGCGCUACGCUGCCGCUGCCGCCGCGGCAUCUGCUAAAGAGCUACUCUCAUACAUCGAUGCCAACAUCACUCCCGAGCUGCUUGUUGGUGACGCUACGUCCGCCUUAUCCGAUCCAAGCGCACUGCCCAGCGGCAACAAAGAGGUCAGCCAACAAUUAUCUGGGCAGGGUAUAGUAGGCUACGGUCCUGUCUCAGUUGGUAGGGACAUACGCUUUGCUACUUACAACCAGAUUAUGCCUCCGAGUGACCCAAUACAUGACCUGUGGAGAGACUUCUUGGAAGAUCUCUGCGAAAGCGAUCCUGCUACUGAUAUGUCCCGAAUAGCAGAGGACAAGGGCGGCUUGCUACUGAAAUGCUUUGACUGGAUCCUUGAUAAUGACGAGCUCAAAACUUGGCAGCAAUGUGAAAACACUAGACUGUUAUGGGUUAAAGGGGAUCCAGGCAAAGGCAAGACAAUGCUGAUGAUAGGUCUCGUUCGCCACCUACAAGUUCGACUCAGCAGUCAGAACUGCUCGCUUGCCUUCUUCUUCUGUCAGAACACGGACUCACGCCUCAACAACGACGUUUCUGUCUUGCGAGGCUUGGUUUGGAUGCUUCUCAAAAAUAAGGUUGCAUUAAGCAAGCACAUACCCGACGAGUACCGGUUGAAAUCCAAGGAAAAGCGGAAAGCGAUGUUUGAAGCCCAGAAUCGGAACCUAUUUCCAAUUCUGACGACGAUGCUUGACGACAUGUUGAGUGAUGCGGAACUUGACGCGACCUAUCUUUUGCUUGAUGCAUUGGACGAAUGUCAGGACUCCGGCCGGCUGGUCAAGUGGAUUACCCAAGUUGCCAGUAAGCCGGGGUCAAAAGCCAAGUGGCUCGUAUCUAGCCGCUUUUCGUUAUUGCUAGACAGAGCCUUGCGCCCAACCGAAUGCCAGCAGAAACUCGACCUGGAAUUGAACGACAAUCACAUAUCUCGUGCAGUUGCGCAAUACAUCAAGCUGAAAGUGGAAGGUCUCGCGAAAAAAUGCAAGUAUGACGACGCUCUCCAGCGGAAAGUCCAGGCGAUACUAGAGGAGAGGGCAGAGUCGACAUUUCUCUGGGUCGCUUUAAUAUGCCCAUGCCUGGAAAGAGUCAGACGCCUGCAGGUGGAAUCCGAGAUCGACAAGUUCCCGCCUGGGUUACCGGCCCUUUAUGACAGAAUGGUGGAUAUUAUUGACCAGGACAACGACAAAAUCAUCUGCAAGAAGAUUCUCCGCGCAGUCACCCUUGCCUACCGCCCUCUUGCGCUUAAAGAGCUUGUCACGCUAGCAGAGCUUCCCACAGAGCAACCUGACGAUGUUCGCGAACUCGUCAACCUCUGCAGCUCGUUCGUGAUCUUUCGUGAGGGUACGGUCCGGAUUCUGCACCAGUCAGCGAAAGACUACCUGGAGAAGCACUAUGAGGUCAGGCUCCAUGCGGCAGGGGCGUCGCAGGGGCAUGCAGACAUCGCCACGUACUCGAUUAAAGCGAUGUCCUUGAAGCUUAAACGAAACAUGUAUAACCUCGAUUACGGCUUCAAACCGAAGGACAUGAUAGCCCCUAACCCUGACCCACUGGCUUCCAUACAGUACUCCUGCGUCUUCUGGGCUGACCACCUCGCCGCUGGAAUUGGCAACAGCCUUGAGAGCAAGAGAGUACUGGCGGAUGAUGGAGAAAAAUCAAGUGAGAAUUCUCAGCUUACUCGGUUCCUAGAGGAUGUUGAAACGUUUAUCUGGAGCUACGGAUCAAUCAUAGGACGAGCUCCGCUGCAGACAUACGCCUCCGCACUGGUAUUCAGCCCAACAACAAGCCUGGUCAGGGUGACGCAGUGGAAGCUUAGGUUGCCGUUUAUCAAGAUGAUGACAGAACUUGAAACCCACUGGGAUAUCCACCGUAAGACGGUCGAGGGACUUAGUGGCUCGGUCGAGUCGGUGGCCUUCUCGCCCGACGGCAAGACGCUAGCCUCAACAUAUUGGAACGAGAAAACUAUCCGGCUUUGGGACACGGCGACGGGGAUCCGGCAGCAGACAAUUAAAGGGCAUAGCAGCGCGGUUAGGUCGGUAGCUUUCUCGCCCGACGGCAAGACGCUAGCCUUAACGUCCCAUUUUGAGACAACUAUCCGGCUUUGGGACAUAGCGACGGGCAUCCAGCUGCAGACACUUAAAGGACAUAGCGAUAUAGUCGGGUCAGUAGCCUUCUCGCCUAACGGCAAGACGCUAGCCUCAGGUUCUAACGACAAGACCAUCUGGCUCUGGGAUACAACAACGGGGAUCCCGCAGCAGACGAUUGAAGGGUAUAGCAGCGCGGUUAGGUCGGUAGCUUUCUCGCCCGACGGCAAGACGCUAGCUUUAACGUCUUAUUUCGAGCCAACUAUCUGGCUCUGGGACACGGCGACGGGGAUCCGGCAGCAGACGAUUGAAGGGCAUAGCAGCGCGGUUAGGUCGGUAGCUUUCUCGCCUGACGGCAAGACGCUAGCCUUAACGUCCUAUUUUGAGACAACUAUCCGGCUUUGGGACACAGCGACGGGCAUCCAGCAGCAGACACUUAAAGGACACAGCGAUAUAGUCGGGUCAGUAGCCUUCUCGCCUAACGGCAAGACGCUAGCCUCAGGUUCUAACGACAAGACCAUCCGGCUCUGGGAUACAACAACGGGGAUCCGGCAGCAGACUAUUGAAGGGCAUAGCAGCGCGGUUAGGUCGGUAGCUUUCUCGCCUGACGGCAAGACGCUAGCCUCAGGUUCUAACGACAAGACUAUCCGGCUCUGGGACACGACGACGGGGAUCCAGCAGCAGACGAUUAAAGGGCAUGACAGAACGGUUAGGUUUAUGUCGGUAGCCUUCUCGCCCGACGGCAAGACACUAGCCUUAGGUUCUAACGACAAGACCAUCCGGCUCUGGGAUACGGCGACGGGGAUCCAGCAUCAAACGCUUAAAGGGCAAGGGCCAGUCCGGUCGGUGGCCUUCUCGCCUGACGGCAAGACGCUAGCCUCAACGUUUCCUUACGAGACAACUAUCUGGCUUUGGGACACAGCGAUGGGAAUCCAGCAGCAAACGCUUAAAGGGCACGGCGGCGAGGUUAGGUUGGUGGCCUUCUCGCCCGACGGCAGGGCGCUAGCCUCAGUGUCUUACGACAAGACCAUCCGGCUAUGGGACACGGCGACAGGGAUCCAGCAGCAGAGGCUUAAAGUGCAAGGGACGGUCAGGUCGGUGGCCUUCUCGCCUGACGGCAAGACACUAGCCUCAGGGUCUGACGACAAGACCAUCCGGCUCUGGGAUACAGCGACCGGGUUCCAGCAGCAGACGCUUAAAGGGCAAGAGGUGGUCAGGUGGGUGGCCUUCUCGCCUGACGGCAAGACACUAGCCUCAGGGUCUGACGACAAGACCAUCCGGCUCUGGGACAUGGUGAUGGGGAUCCAGUGGCAGACGCUUGAGGGACACCGCAUGUCCGAGUCGGUGGCCUUCUCGCCCGACGGUAGAUACCUUACAACGGAUUAUGGAUCGCUCCAGCUGCCAUCUACAUGCGUCUCAUCCAAACAAUGUCCUGAUAAGAGUCCUUCCGAUCAUCAUUUGUAUGUCGAUGAAGAGUGGAUAACUCUGGAUGGCAAGAACACUCUCUGGCUUCCUGCGGAUUACAGGACUUCUGCAGUAGCAGUGCACGACGGUAAGGUGGCCUUGGGACAUAGACUCGGUGGAUUAAGGUUCCUGGAAUUUAAAUUUGCAUAA